GCCCUGUCUCAAAAAAUAUAAUACUUGACCCAUUGCAAGAUCUUUCCAUGCACAACAGCUGUUCUUGUAUUACUCUUCCAGGAUGAAUUGCACGGCCUGCUCCCUUGGGUUUCCAGGUCACGGGAGAUGAGCAAAACUGAAUGAUCUCAGUAGGCCAAGAGCAAAGGACGUGGGUCCAGACCUGGUGGCCAGUUGCUUGUGAUGGGAGCUGGGCUGGAGUCGCCAAGUGCCACUAGUACUGACAUCUUUUAACUAUGUUCAUUGUGACUUGUUUAUUUAUAAAAGUAACCACUGCGCCUUGGUGUGGACUGAACUCUGAACUCCAGAUGCAUGCGCUGCUUCAGGGUCCUGAACAUCGAUGGAUGUUUCUACUUCAUUCCCUCCUCAGCCCAGCUGGUCCCACUCUGCGACUGUGCUCUAGGCAUUUCAUCUCAACUGGGUGACAUACUUGAAUACAGCAAUUAUGAAAACAGCAACCUCAGAAGAACAUCUGGCAUCCAGACCUCGCCAGCCUAUUUACACAAGACCAUCAACAAGAUUUCAAGGCUUUAAAGAAAGGAGCUGCUUCAGGAAGAGACAAAAUGACUUGACCGCUAUAACCUUCAAGUGCAGACUGGGCGAAGAGCCCAGCCUGACUCCUGGAGAUUGUGAAUAGCUCCAUCCAGCCUGAGAAACAGGCCGGGUGGCUGAGCCAGGCUGUGCUCGGAGCGCCUGACAGGCCCAACAGACCCAUGCUGCAUUCGGAGACCUCCCCUGGCCGGGGGCACCUCCUGGCUGUGCUCCUGGCCUUCCUUGGCACCACCUGGGCAGAGGUGUGGCCACCCCAGCUACAGGAGCAGGCUCCGAUGGCCAGAGCCCUGACCAGGAAGGAGAGUUUCUUGCUCCUUUCCCUGCACAACCGCCUGCGCAGCUGGGUCCAGCCCCCUGCGGCUGACAUGCGGAGGCUGGACUGGAGUGACAGCCUGGCCCAACUGGCUCAAGCCAGGGCAGCCCUCUGUGGAACCCCAACCCCGAGCCUGGCGUCCGCCCCGUGGCGCACCUUGCAAGUGGGCUGGAACGUGCAGCUGCUGCCUGCGGGCUCAGCGUCCUUUGUCGAAGUGGUCAGCCUGUGGUUUGCAGAGGGGCAGCGGUACAGCCACGCGGCAGGGGAGUGUGCCCGCAAUGCCACCUGCACCCACUACACGCAGCUCGUGUGGGCCACCUCAAGCCAGCUGGGCUGUGGGCGGCACCUGUGCUCUGCAGACCAGGCAGCGAUAGAAGCCUUUGUCUGUGCCUACUCCCCCGGAGGCAACUGGGAGGUCAAUGGAAAGACAAUCGUCCCCUAUAAGAAGGGCGCCUGGUGUUCGCUCUGCACAGCCAGCGUCUCAGGCUGCUUCAAAGCCUGGGACCAUGCAGGGGGGCUCUGUGAGGUCCCCAGGAACCCUUGUCGCAUGAGCUGCCAGAACCACGGACGUCUCAACAUCAGCACCUGCCACUGCCACUGUCCACCUGGCUACACUGGCAGGUACUGCCAAGUGCGGUGCAGCCUGCAGUGUGUGCACGGCCGGUUUCGGGAGGAGGAGUGCUCGUGCGUCUGUGACGUCGGCUACGGGGGAGCCCAGUGUGCCACCAAGGUGCAUUUUCCCUUCCACACCUGUGACCUGAGGAUCGACGGAGACUGCUUCAUGGUGUCUUCAGAGGCAGACACCUAUUACAGAGCCAGGAUGAAAUGCCAGAGGAAAGGUGGGGUGCUGGCCCAGAUCGAGAGCCAGAAAGUGCAGGACAUCCUCGCCUUCUACCUGGGCCGCCUGGAGACCACCAACGAGGUGACUGACAGUGACUUCGAGACCAGGAACUUCUGGAUCGGGCUCACCUAUAAGACCGCCAAGGACUCCUUCCGCUGGGCCACAGGGGAGCACCAGGCCUUCACCAGUUUUGCCUUUGGGCAGCCUGACAACCAGGGGUUUGGCAACUGCGUGGAGCUGCAGGCAUCAGCUGCCUUCAACUGGAACGACCAGCGCUGCAAAACCCGAAACCGCUACAUCUGCCAGUUUGCCCAGGAGCACAUCUCCCGGUGGGGUCCAGGGUCCUGAGGCCUGGCCGCACAGCUCCCUCGCCUGCCCUGGGUGCACCGGCUCUGCUUACCUGUCUGCCCACCUGUCUGGAACAAGGGCCAGGUGAAGACCGCAUGCCUCAUGUCCAAAGAGGUCUUAGACCUUGCACUCUGCCGGAAGUUGGGCAGAGAGAGGCAUGGAGGCCAGUGAGGGCCAGGGAGUGAGUGUUAGACGCUGAAGGAGAAGACCCCGCCAGUGAUCCAAAGAGGCUGCUCUCUUCUACCUGGCCCAGGCCCUGUGGGGCAGCGGAGCUUCCCUGUGGCGUGAACCUCACAGGGUAUUAAACUAAGUUAUGAAUCAGCUGAA